ACCUUAAAAAUUGAUGAACGGUAGUCUCAUGGUUACAAAGUUAGAACCUUCACCAGCUAAGUUUGUACUCUUCCCCUCCACGUACGCCAUUGCCAGCACAUUUUUCUUUCUGUCUCUUCUUAUUUUAAUAUCAUCCCAAUCUUUUCAAUUGGAGUAGGACUUCGAAAUUAGCUAGAGUACUGAGGAAAUGGAAGAUUGCUAUGGAAUCUUACGGCUCUACCUGCUUCUCAUUGCGCCGGCGUACCUUCAGUAUGCCUAUGCCCAGCCAACCGCCGAAUCGACGGACAGUCCCUUCCGAUUCGACUUGGACCUCACUCCCUCCACGUUGAUCAUCACCGUCGUCCUCGUGUGCGGAUUUGCCUUGCUUGCGUUCUUCUCCAUCUACAUCAAACAGUGUACACGGUCGCGAGCCGCGGCAGCUUCAAGAACCGUCAGACCGGAUGUGUCUUCCACUCCCGACCGACCCAAACGUCGCGGUCUCGACCCUGCGGUGGUUGAGACCUUUCCGAUACUUGCGUACUCCGCGGUCAAGGGUCUUAAAAUCGGCAGAGGAGCGCUGGAGUGCGCGGUAUGCUUGAACGAGUUCGAGGAUCACGAAACACUCCGUUUGUUACCCAAGUGCAACCACGUCUUCCACCCUUAUUGUAUCGACACCUGGUUAACCUCCUGGGGAACUUGUCCGGUUUGCAGAGCGAGGCUCACCCCGGAGGCCUCCAAAGCCGAUCCAUCACAAGCAAACGAGUCAACGCCGGAAAACUCGACAUCCCAAGUCGGGGAAGACCAAAAUCACGUCGUGGUUAACGUUGAGGAAGUUGAAAGCGGAGGCUUACAACAGGCACGUGAGAUCGCAAACCUUCCGGUGAGGCAGAGGAUACCUGAGAAGUUUCAGGAGUCUAACUCGACGGGGGAAUCAGUGGUUCAACCCGGAGAGAACACGGAACGAUACACGUUAAGAUUGCCAGAGGAGGUGAGGAAGCAGGUUCUGGAAUGCGAGCAGCCGGAGAUUCCGAAGAGCCACGGCGUCGUUUUGACCAGAGUAGAAAGUUCACGGAAAGGGUACAGAACCGGUGGGGGAAGAGAGGAGUGACGGGGAUCAUCGCACAUUGUCACUCCUGUGGAAUAUGAGAAGCCGCAUGUGCCGGGGUGAUGCCGGGGCGGGGGGACGAGGGACAAGCCCUUCUGUGAUUCUGAAACCAAACCGUGACGCGGAGCAGUCGACCGGGUUCAGUGUGCAGAAUAGAAAUUUAAACCGGCCUUAGAAGAGAUUCACUCUUUUUAAUUGUUUGAUUGAAUUCACUAGUCUAAUCAAAACAGAGAUAGAUCACAAAUGCUCAUGUGAUUCGAGAAGUCUUACAUGGACAUUAUUGGAGGUAGUCUGUAUUCUCUUUCCUUUAGUUAAAAUGACUAUUGCUAUUGCUAUUGCUAUUGUUA